AUGAAUUAACACUCAUAAUUUUAAUAGAGUUACGAUUUUGAAUGUAAAGAUCAUCCUGAAAAACCUGUCCUUUUUUGGUGUAAAUCAAUUGAUUGCAAUGAAAAUCGAAUCUUCUGUCUGAAUUGUCAAAAGUAGAAUAAACAUGUUUAACAUUACGAUGGAGAUGUCCUUAGUAUCCAUGAAUUACAUUAAUUUUUAAUUGAGAAAUCAAAACUUUCUAAAGGUCUUAUUUCAGAAUGUCAAAUUUAAUUCUAAUCAACAGUCAAAUCAUAUAAAAAGCUUAUGACUGGCUUAUCUUACAAGUUCUGUGGAUUAGAAGAUAAAAUUAAUUAAUUAAAACCAUAUUAAUUAUAUCAAGCACUUGAUUCUUUUGUUAGUUUUGAUGAAUUUAAGAACCAUUUGAAUGCCAACGUUUUAAGGCCUUUGUCCAAAUUAACAACAAUUUUAGAUGAUCUUUUCAUUAAAUUAGAAUUACAUCUGAUUUAAUUUAAGAUAUCUGAUUAAUAAAUGAAAAUUAAUAAAGAGGAAUAUCAAAAAGGUUUUAAUUCAUCUUUAUGUAUUUUUAGGUAUUUCUUUAAAUAUGAGAAAUUAAUAAAAUGAAGCAAUUAAACUAUUUGAUAAGUUAUUAUUAACUGAGCCUUAUAACGUAGAAAUUCUGUAUUAAAAAGGUUAUAAUCAUUAUUAUUUUAAGCAAAUUCAUUAAAUUAAUUGAAUAAGUAAGAGGUUGCUUAGUAGAUAUACAUAAAUAUAAUUAAAAUUAAUCCAAAACAUGAACCCUCUUUUUUGAAAACGGGUAGUUUUUUAUUCAAUAAUUUAGGUGAUAUUUAAAAAUUAUCAUUAAAAAAUUAACAUUAUUAUUAGUAAGCUCAAUAAUAUUAAGGAAGAUGUAUUUCAAAAAAUAAAAAAAAAUCAGCAGCAUAAUUUAGAAAAGGUAUUAUCGAAUUGCAAAUUUUAGGGGAAUGCUUAAGAAAAAAUCAUUAAUAUAAUAAUGCAAUAUAAUACUAUCUAAAAACUAUUGAGUUAAAUGAAUUUAAUUAAGACUACUUCUUUUAUUAUGGUUAAUUUCAGCUUAGAUUAUUUAGGAGAUUGUUUAAGAUCCUUAACAAGAUAUCAAGAGGCUAUAACUGCAUAUGAUAAAGUUUUGAUUAAAGAUCCACAUUAUUCGGAGGCUAUGGCAGGAAAAGGUAUCGAUUAAACAUUAAAUAUUAAAGGAAUAUGUUUACUAUAUUUAGGAGAAUUUGAUGAAGCAUAGAAAUGUGUAAAACUAUCAUUAUCUAUGUAAAACAAUUCACCUUUAGGAUUAUGUGGAUAUGGUAUAUUAUAAGAUAUAAUAUUAGGAACGCUCUUAUAUUCAAAGGAUCACUAUGAAUAAGCUAUUGAAUAUUUUGAAUAGGCUUUGGCCAUAAAUCCAUAGCAUCUGGAAUCAUUAAGUUGUAAAGGUAAAUUUAAAUUGAAAUGAUUUAAAGGUGAAUGCCUAAGAUUAAUGAAUCAAUUUGAUUAAGCACAAUAAUUAUAUGACAAAGCUUUGGCCAUAAAUCCAUUACAUGUUGAUUCAUUAUGUAGUAAAGGUAAAUUUGAAUUGAAAUGUUUUUAAGGUGAAUGCCUAAGAGGGUUGAAUCAAUUUGACUAAGCCCAAUAAUGGUAUGACAAAGCUUUGGCCAUAAAUCCAUUACAUGUUGAUUCAUUAUGUAGUAAAGGUAAAUUUGAAUUGAAAUGAUUUAAAGGUGAUUGUCUAAGAGGGUUGAAUCAAUUUGACUAAGCCUAAUAAUGGUAUGACAAAGCUUUGGCCAUAAAUCCAUAACAUGUUGAUUCAUUAUGUAGUAAAGGUAAAUUUGAAUUGAAAUGAUUUAAAGGUGAAUGCCUAAGAGGGUUGAAUCAAUUUGACUAAGCCUAAUAAUGGUAUGACAAAGCUUUGGCCAUAAAUCCAUUACAUGUUGAUUCAUUAUGUAGUAAAGGUAAACUUGAAUUGAAAUGAUUUAAAGGUGAUUGUCUAAGAGGGUUGAAUCAAUUUGACUAAGCACAAUAAUGGUAUGACAAAGCUUUGGCCAUAAAUCCAUAACAUGUUGAUUCAUUAUGUAGUAAAGGUAAAUUUGAAUUGAAAUGAUUUAAAGGUGAAUGCCUAAGAGGGUUGAAUCAAUUUGACUAAGCCUAAUAAUGGUAUGACAAAGCUUUGGCCAUAAAUCCAUUACAUGUUGAUUCAUUAUGUAGUAAAGGUAAACUUGAAUUGAAAUGAUUUAAAGGUGAUUGUCUAAGAGGGUUGAAUCAAUUUGACUAAGCACAAUAAUGGUAUGACAAAGCUUUGGCCAUAAAUCCAUAACAUGUUGAUUCAUUAUGUAGUAAAGGUAAAUUUGAAUUGAAAUGAUUUAAAGGUGAAUGCCUAAGAGGGUUGAAUCAAUUUGACUAAGCCUAAUAAUGGUAUGACAAAGCUUUGGCCAUAAAUCCAUUACAUGUUGAUUCAUUAUGUAGUAAAGGUAAACUUGAAUUGAAAUGAUUUAAAGGUGAUUGUCUAAGAGGGUUGAAUCAAUUUGACUAAGCACAAUAAUGGUAUGACAAAGCUUUGGCCAUAAAUCCAUAACAUGUUGAUUCAUUAUGUAGUAAAGGUAAAUUUGAAUUGAAAUGAUUUAAAGGUGAAUGCCUAAGAGGGUUGAAUCAAUUUGACUAAGCCUAAUAAUGGUAUGACAAAGCUUUGGCCAUAAAUCCAUUACAUGUUGAUUCAUUAUGUAGUAAAGGUAAACUUGAAUUGAAAUGAUUUAAAGGUGAAUGCCUAAGAGGGUUGAAUCAAUUUGACUAAGCACAAUAACGUUAUGGCAAAGCUUUGGCCAUAAAUCCAUAACAUGUGAGUUCAUUAUAUGGAAAAGGUAAAUUUGAAUUGAAAUGAUUUAAAGGUGAAUGCCUAAGAGGGUUGAAUCAAUUUGACUAAGCCCAAUAAUGGUAUGACAAAGCUUUGGCCAUAAAUCCAUAACAUGUUGAUUCAUUAUGUAGUAAAGGUAAACUUGAAUUGAAAUGAUUUAAAGGUGAAUGCCUAAGAGGGUUGAAUUAAUUUGACUAAGCACAAUAAUGGUAUGAAAAAGCUUUGGCCAUAAAACCAUAACAUGUGAGUUCAUUGUAUGGAACAGGUAAUUUUCAAAUUCUUUUUUUAGCCUUCACUUUAUUACAAUUGAACUAAUUGGAAACUGCGUAUUCUUUAUUUAUUUAAGCAUAUUAAAUAUACCCAUUAUUACAAUACAAAGAUGAAUUUUAAAGUAGUUCUCCAUAUAUACAUAGGUUAAUAUGUUCACAAGACAUCAUAUUUGUGAAAUCGAAUAAGUAUAUCAAUAGAAAUAUAUUUAAAUCAAUAUUCUAAAUUAUUUCUUAUUUUUUAUUUAACCUUAUUAGAUUAAAGGUAAAUUUAUAGAUACAAAAUGAAUGCAUCAACUUAGACACAAUACCAAUCGGAAACUAUUUCUGUUCAUUUGACAAAUUACCAGCCAUUUCUUAAUACUAUGUCAAAAAGUAGUAUGAAUAUUAAUUAAAACUUUAGCAUUGGCUUAAACUCUUCCCCUCAGUCAUUGAUUAAUUUCCAAUGCUAUAUAUACCAAAAUUGGAACCAGUUAGUUCUUCUAUUACAUAAACCUAAUUUAGAAUAAGUAUUUGCUUUUUUAGAGAAUAAUAUAGUAGUUUGA